UAAUACAGCUUAUUUAGACAUUAAAUAAUGGGAACAUUAAAUAAGGGGAACGUUAGGGGAGCAUUCUGUGUUUGCUGGUCUCAUAACAAUUUGUGUGAAAAUAAUAAUGCAAUCAAUAGAUUGAGGCUAUUUGUCUUUCUGCCAUGUACUGGGGUGGGUAGACAUGGUUGUGUUAAUUUAAAUUUGUUACAUAGUCAUUUAUCUAAUAUAUGUAAUGAUGGGGAAAUGUGCCUUUGCCGCUUUACAAAAGGUAAUUUCCAUUUAUUUCUGCAUGGGACAAUUUAUCACAGAGGAGUUGUAAAUUGAGGUAUUAGAGUUUGUUCGUCAUGCUGUGGCAUGUAUGGUGAUGAUACUUGAGUAGGACACACUUUGUGUGGUGCAGAAAAUUACAGCUGAGUGCUUGUGACUGACGUGCAAAAGUGGCGCUUACAAUUGGCAUACAGCAGAAAUGUGACGCUGCAUUGCAUUGGUUUGUUUAGACUCAUGACCUGAUUGAUUCCUUGAAUGCACAAACAAACGUGUGCUUUAAUCCUCACGUUUCAUCUCGACUGACCUUCUGUUUAUUUUGGCCUUUGCACAAACCCUAAUGUUAAAUUUUUCAACAUAAAAAAAGCAAAGCAGCAAGCAAACAACUGUUGGUUUUAUUGCAUGUUAUCUAGUUUAGAAUUUGUUUACAUCUUUUCUCCUAAAAAAAUGUCAUAGUGUCAGCCUGACACUUUAAUCUGAAGGAUGUUUUAUAAGCUUUUAGAAGGACUCCAGAGUGCAAACGUAAAGGUUAAUGCGUUUACUUGAACUCACGACCGCUUCAAGUAGCUUAAAAUAAUACAAAAUGAGUAGGUCGAGGCGUUUUAGCCAUCCUGAGCUCUGCUAUUGGAGCUUUAGUCUGUCUUUGUUCAGAGUCUCCAGGCAACGACAGCAAACAUCAGAGGAACCCCGUGAACUGAGUUUUUCCUUGCAGAGGUUAUGGAGACUUCAGAUGAGCAGGGCCUGCGGCUCAGUCCCGAAUGUGAGACGCCGGGCACGAGCAGAGCCUCCACUAGAGGCAGCCUUCGCUUCGGGAGCCUCAGCCAUCAUUCCUUCUUCUCCAGACACAAUCCUCAUCCACACAGAGUCAGACAUAUGCAAGGGUUGAACGGUAAGCCGGUUUGCACGGUGAAUGAUGACUGGUACGGCUUCACUCCUCUCUGUCCACAUCCACUCAUUAAAAGUCAAGUGUCUUUUGGUGGGAGCCGUUCGUCUGCGUUUCCCACACCUGAAAUUGGCUCGGAUCGCUCUGGACCACGAGGAGCACUGAUUUCUGAAAGCUGGCGUGAAGAACUCAAGGAUUUGGCCACCAAAGUCAGUCUUUCAGCGGCCGCUGAGACUCAGCAGGACAAGAGAGAGAAACUCGCAGAUGAGGAAGCUCCUCGCAGGAAGACGCAGUAUUCGGCGCAGUCCGGCCGGAUCAUUCCUGCUUCAUCCUGGGGAGGGAAAAAGCGCAGCAGCAGGACUUCACACAAACGAGCCCAGCGAUGGCAGACGCAAAGCCUGGAGGGAGUGGAGCUCAAGGUGCUGGAGCUCUUGUGUCAGAUCCUGCAGACUGAUUCUCUCUCGAUGGUUCAGCAGUGGCUUUUGUUGGCGAAUGACAGAGAGAAGGAGCUGGUUCAGGGGUUACUCCAGCAGGCCAUGGCCGACUCCAGCUCUCUGACCCAGCAGACAUCUGGAUCUGAACUUCUGCCAUUGACGUCUGAAGAUCUGCCUGAUCACGUGUUCCUCAACUCAUCUGUAAGCCGGAAGAGGAGCAGUUCACAUCCCGCGGAGACAUUUCAAGACGAACCAGAGCGGAUCGGAGAGGCAGAAGUUCUCACGCUGUACCCAGAAAACACAUAACAGCACUGCUGUCACGAACGCAACAUGUGCAUGUCAUGCUUCUGAAUUAAUUAGCUCGUUUAGCAGUUGUAUUAUUGUAAUCAUCAUAGUGCAAUGCAAUGUUAAUUUUUCAUUUCUUGCUAAUAAAGCAUACAAACGUAUUGUUCUUA